AUGGGGGACAACCCAUGCAGAGGGGGAGCCCAGAGGAGGUGCCUGAGCAAGCCGGGCCCGUCUGAGAACUAUGAACUGAAUCCAGAAGGCCCCACCAUCAUGGACAGUCUGGCCUACGGCGAGGACCUUGAGGAGGAGAAGAACUCAGCGUUCACCUGGGAGGUGAAAGCCAACAACCAGACCUACAACAGCCAAUUCAAGGAGAAGGCCUUCCUGUGUUGGCAGAGGAAAAAGUACAAGGGCAAUGUCAUCCACACAGCCAAGUACAACUUCUUCUCCUUCCUGCCCUUAAACCUGUACGAGCAGUUCCACCGGAUGUCCAACCUCUACUUCUUUUUUAUCAUCAUUCUCCAGGGCAUCCCCGAGAUCUCUACACUGCCCUGGUUCACGCUCUUCGCCCCGCUCAUCUGCCUCCUCAUCAUCCGGGGCACCCGAGACCUGGCAGACGACAUCGGGCGACAUAGGAGUGACAGGAUCAUCAACAACAGGCCCUGCCAGAUGCUGGUGGGGACAAGCUUUCUGUGGAAAAAAUGGAAGGACCUGCGUGUGGGGGACCUGGUCUGUCUGCACAAAGACAACAUUGUCCCGGCCGAUGUGCUCUUGCUGGCCAGCACGGAGCCCAGCAGCUUGUGCUACGUGGAGACAACAGACAUCGAUGGGGAGACCAACUUGAAGUUCAGGCAGGCCCUGAUGGUCACGCACCACAAGCUGACCAGUGUAAGGAAGAUGGCCUCCUUCCAAGGCAAAGUGGUAUGUGAGGAACCUAACAGUCGGAUGCACCACUUUAUGGGGUACCUGAAGUGGGAGGGCAAGAAAUACUCCCUGGACAGUGGCAACAUCCUCCUACGUGGCUGCAAGAUCCGAAACACAGACACAUGCUACGGAAUGGUCAUCUAUGCUGACGACGCAAACUCUGCAGGUUUAAACACAAAGAUAAUGAGGAACUGUGGCAAGAUCCAUCUGAAGAGGACCAAGAUAGACCGUCUGAUGAAUAGGCUGGUGACCCUGAUCUUCAUGUGCCUGGUGCUGAUCUCUACGGCCUUGACUUUGGGCUUCUGGGAUAAGGUGAAGGAAUUCAAGGCCAAGCACCACUAUGUGUCUGAGAACCUCAUGUAUAGUGUAACCACCGAGUCUUUCUUCACCUUCUGGAGCUUCCUCAUCCUCCUCAGUGCCAUGGUGCCCAUGGCCAUGUUCAUCAUAGUGGAAUUCAUCUACCUGGGGAACAGCAUCUUCAUCAAUUGGGACAUGCAGAUGUCCCAGCAUAUGCCUGCCAAAGCCCGCAGCACCAGCCUCAAUGACCAGCUGGGCCAAGUGGAGUACAUCUUCUCGGACAAGACUGGCACGCUCACACAGAACAUCAUGACCUUCAAGAAGUGCUGCAUCAACGGCAUUGUCUACGGCCCAGACGAGGAAGCGGCCCUGCAUAAGGAGAACCCCUACCUCUGGAACAAAUAUGCUGAUGGGAAGCUGCUCUUCCAAAAUGCGAAGCUCUUGAGUGUUGUGUGCGGCAACAAGGACAGGAUGGUGCAGGAGUUCUGGCGCCUGCUGGCCAUCUGCCACACAGUGAUGGUGCAGGAGAAAGACAACCAGCUGUUGUACCAGGCAGCUUCCCCCGACGAGGAGGCGCUGGUCACAGCAGCCCGGAAUUUCGGCUAUGUGUUCCUGGCGCGCACACAGGACAGCAUCACAGUGGUGGAGCUCGGGGAGGAGCGGGUGUACCAGGUCCUGGCCAUGAUGGACUUCAACAGCAUCCGAAAGCGGAUGUCUGUGCUGGUCCGAAACCCCGAGGGCUCCAUCUACCUCUACACCAAAGGCGCAGACACUGUCAUCUUUGAUCGCUUGUAUAAGAAAGGCUUGACCGAGGGGAUCACGGAAGAGGCCUUAACCUCCUUUGCCAAGCAGACCCUGCGCACGCUGUGCCUGGCCUACAAGAAGGUGGGUGAGGCUGUGUACGAGGAGUGGCGCCGGCGGCACCGGGAGGCCAGCAUCCUCCUUCAGAACCGGGCCCGCGCCCUGCACCAAGUGUAUGAGGAGAUGGAGCAGAACCUCCAGCUGCUGGGAGCCACAGCCAUUGAAGACAGGCUCCAGGAUGGCAUUCUUGAAACCAUCCAGAGUCUCAAACAAGGAAACAUCAAAGUGUGGGUACUCACAGGAGAUAAGCAAGAGACCGCGGUGAAUAUCGGCUUUGCUUGCCAGCUGCUGUCCGAGGACAUGCUCAUUCUGGAGGAGAAGGAGAUAGUUAGGAUCCUGGAGGCCUCCUGGGAGAGUGACAACCACCUGCCGAGUGGCUCGGGGUCUCUGAAGAACCGGUUCCUGCCACAGGUCAAAAUGGCCAUGGUCAUUAACGGAGAGUUCCUGUGCACCCCGUUCCCCCCCUUCGCUGGCCAGGACCAGCUGCUGCUGUCCGUGAGCAAGGAAUCCAGGGCAUUGGUCCAAAAUGUGAACGUGGACGUGGAGGAGUCCUGGCAGGAGCCAGGUGAGCAGAGGAUAGACUUCCUGCAGGCCAGGCGCAUCUCUCUGAUGCGGCAGACCCUUGGGAUCCAGCUGAGGAGCCCAGGGUUGGUGCCGCAGAACAAGCACUCCAACACCCAGGAGAGCCCCGAGGUGCGGCGAGAGCGGGCCUUCGUGGAACUGACCUCGAGAUGCCAAGCAGUCAUCUGCUGCAGGGUGACACCCAAGCAGAAGGCCUUGAUUGUGGCACUGGUCAAGAAAUACAAGAACGUGGUGACCCUGGCCAUCGGGGAUGGUGCCAAUGACAUCAACAUGAUCAAGACUGCGGACAUUGGCGUAGGGCUGGCGGGCCAGGAGGGCAUGCAGGUGGUGCAGAGCAGUGACUACAUGCUGGCCCAGUUCUGUUUCCUGAGGCGGUUGCUGCUGGUGCAUGGGCGUUGGUCCUACAUGCGAAUCUGCAAGUUCCUACGCUACUUCAUCUACAAGACACUGGCCAGCAUGAUGGUUCAGAUCUGGUUCGCUUUCUACAGUGGCUUCACUGCGCAGCCUCUGUAUGAAGGCUGGUUCCUGGUGCUUUUCAACCUGCUCUACACCACCCUCCCAGUUCUGUACAUUGGGCUCUUUGAGCAGGAUGUGAGUGCUGAGCAGAGCCUGGAGCUGCCCCAGCUGUACAUUGCCGGCCAGAAGGACGAGCUCUUCAACUACUGGAUCUUCCUCCAAGCCAUUGCCCAUGGCAUGGCCACCUCUUUGGUCAACUUCUUCAUGACCCUGUGGAUAAGUCAUGAUACAGCUGGGCCCCUCAGUGACUAUCAGUCUUUUGCAGUGGUCGUGGCCUUGUCGGGUCUGCUAUCCAUCACCGUGGAGGUCAUCCUCAUCAUCAAGUACUGGACAGUCCUGUCCGUGCUGGCCAUUUUCUUCAGCCUCUGCUUCUACAUGGUCAUAAGUUGGGCCAGCCAGAGCUUCUGGCUCUUCACUAUCUCCCCCAAGACCUUCCCAUUUCUGCAUGCUGACCGAAAUGUGCUGUCCCAUCCCUCCAUCCUGCUGGUGGUUCUGCUGAAUGUGUCAUUAAACACCCUGCCUGUGCUGGCCUUGCGUGUCAUUUACCAAGCCCUCAAGAAGCCACACGCCAAGGGAGAAGAGGAGGCCCCGACUAAGGAGGUUGCUGUGGAGUCUCUGCCCUACCUAUGCCGGGGGUCACGUGCCCGGCGCUCCAGCUAUGCCUUCUCCCACCGGGAAGGCUAUGCAGACCUUAUCACGCAGGGCACCAUUUUGUGGAGGUCACCAGGGGUCAACAGCGACACUCCGGCUGAUCACACAAUCCCAUCUAAUGAAGAAUUGGCCCCAAGCAUCAGGGAGUCACCCUCAUACCAGAAGAAGAUGUCGCUCCUGGGGAAGAAGAGGCACCAGAGCUGGGGGAAGGUGUCUUCCAAGGACAUGCAGCCCACCUUCACGAUGAACUCCUCCAUUAGUGUGGAGGGGCAAUUGUCUUUCACCAAAAAUAUGGCUCCCUCCACAAACUGGAAGUCUGGGUCUUUCCACGAGAAAUUGCCAAUGAAGCAGGCAAGGCCAUAUUCUCCUGAGAAUCUGCCGCCAACCAAGGAGAGGUCACCCUCACCCAGAGAAAGCCAGAUACCACUUUUUGGGAACCAGCCACUGCCUUCUGGCCAGUCAUCUUUAGGGAACCAGCCAGAAUCCCUGGAGGAGAAGGGAGAAUCAGCCACAAAUAAAGAGCCUAUGGAGGUGGAGCCCUCACCCUCUGAGAGGCUACCAGUGCCUGGUGGGAACCAAGUUCUACCUGCUCUGGCGGGGCAGCCACCUCUGCUUUGGGAGGAACAGUAA